AUGCAGGCGGAAGAUGUGGAAGAGGAGGACUACCGCAUGCUCUUCGAGCAGAUGGAGCGCGGCAGCUUCAGCGGGUACCCGCAUGAGGGCAAGGACCGGCUGGUGAAGGUGUCGCAGGCGCUGCAGGCGAAGCACAUGGCGCACCGCGGCACCGCCCUGUCCAAGGACGAGGCCCAGGCGGCAGAGCGCCUCGCCAGCGCCAUGGCUGCGCUGGGCGGGGACGACUUCGGCACCUACUCGGCCAUGGCGAAGUCCCUGAAGCCCAGGCUGUGGAAUGAUAGACCAGCCCUGGAUGAGGACAUAGGGUAG